CCGCGUUUGAUCCAUCACUAAUACCUCGACUCUCUGCAGGGCUGGUGUUACUAUCUGUAUCUCGGGUUGGACUAUUUUUGUUUCUUUCAAUCGUUGCUUUGGCCAGUAUCCUAAUUUUUUCCACGCACAAAUAUGGCCUUCGCCGGCCAAACACCCACAAUCAUUGUGUUGAAGGAGGGGACGGAUUCAUCGCAAGGAAAGGGCCAGAUUAUCUCCAAUAUCAAUGCCUGUAUUGCGGUGCAGUCCACCAUAAAAACCACUCUCGGUCCAUAUGGCGGCGACUUGCUUCUCGUUGACUCCAACGGGAGGCAGACAAUCACAAAUGACGGAGCAACCGUAAUGAAGCUCCUCGAUAUCGUUCACCCCGCUGCCCGCAUUCUUACCGAUAUUGCCCGCUCACAAGACGCCGAAGUUGGUGAUGGCACAACAUCCGUCGUCGUUCUGGCUGGUGAAAUACUAAAAGAAGUGCGAGACGCGGUGGAGCAAGGUGUCAGCGCACAAACAAUUAUUCGGGGUCUUCGUAGGGCAGGUGCCGUCGCGGUUAACAAGGUCAAGGAGAUUGCGGUCGACAUGCUGGAGGUAUCUGAGAGCGAGGAAAAGAAGGUCGAGACGCUCAGAAGACUUGCGGGCACAGCGAUGAACAGCAAGCUUAUCAAAAGAAAUUCGGGCUUUUUCACAAAGAUGGUUGUUGAUGCUGUCUUAUCUCUCGACCAGGAUGACUUGAAUGAAAAACUUAUCGGAAUCAAAAAGGUUCAUGGUGGUGCUCUGCAAGAUUCACUUUUUGUGAAUGGUGUCGCUUUUAAGAAGACUUUCUCUUACGCCGGUUUCGAACAGCAACCCAAGUCUUUCAAGAACCCGAAGAUUGUCUGUUUGAAUGUGGAAUUAGAGUUGAAGAGUGAGAAAGACAAUGCAGAAGUACGAGUGGAACAAGUCUCCGAAUACCAGGCCAUUGUGGAUGCAGAGUGGCAGAUUAUUUACAACAAGUUGGAAGCCCUCUACAAGACUGGCGCAAAGGUUGUUCUGAGCAAACUGCCAAUUGGCGACUUGGCAACUCAGUAUUUCGCCGAUCGUGACAUUUUCUGCGCUGGACGUGUUGCCUCGGAGGACCUCGAGCGUGUCUGCCAGGCCACUGGCGCAUCAGUUCAGUCCACCUGCUCCGAUAUUCAGGACCGCCAUCUAGGAACAUGUGGGUCUUUUGAGGAGCGACAAAUUGGUGGUGAACGUUUCAAUAUCUUUUCGGAUUGCCCUGCUGCUAAAACAUGUACUCUCGUUUUGCGUGGUGGUGCGGAACAAUUCAUCGCUGAAGUGGAGCGAAGUCUGCACGAUGCCAUCAUGAUUGUCAAGAGAGCCAUUCGCAACCCAACCAUAGUUGCUGGUGGCGGUGCCUGUGAAAUGGAACUGUCGAGCUACCUCCAUGGCUUUGCCAACCGAGACGUUCCCCACAAGCAACAGGCAGUUGUGAAGGCAUUUGCCAAGGCCCUGGAAGUCAUUCCUCGUCAAUUAUGUGACAACGCUGGUUUCGAUGCGACCGAUAUCUUGAACAGGCUGCGAACAGAGCAUCGCAAGGGAAAUGUCUGGGCGGGCGUAGAUUUCGACCAUGAAGGUAUCAGGAAUAACAUGGAUGCCUUUGUAUGGGAACCCAGUCUGGUGAAGGUCAACGCCAUUCAAGCUGCUGUUGAAGCCGCUUGCCUCAUUCUGAGCGUCGAUGAGACUAUCAAGAACGAAGAGUCCGCCCAGCCACAGGCUCCCCAACGAGGACUCCCACCCGGUGCUGCUCAACGAGCACUCCGUGGACGUGGCCGUGGCAUGCCUAGAAGGUAAAGGGUAAAAAUGAGGAGGAAUGAAGCAUUAAAUAUAUUAUCUACCUGCCUACACAUCUAAUAGAAAAAAAACAUAGCCUACGACGUUGGCUGCAUGUAAAUUUCUUAAAACAAUAAUCUAUCAUCGAUGGAGUGUCAUACAAAAUCAAUAUCAAUUAUCAAAUAUCAAAUAGUGGUAAUUAAAUAAUACGCACUAGCCACGCCUGAUGCCCG